AUGUCCAACAUUGCUUACGAACCCGAGUUCCAGCAGGCUUACCACGAGCUUGAGUCUUCCCUCUCCAGCUCCAAGCUCUUCACUGUCUCCCCCGAGCUCAAGGCCGCUCUCCCCGUCGUCUCCGUCCCCGAGCGUGUUAUUCAGUUCCGUGUUACCUGGGAGGACGACAAUGGCCAACUCCAGGUCAACCGUGGAUACCGUGUUCAGUUCAACUCCGCUCUCGGACCAUACAAGGGCGGUCUCCGUUUCCACCCCACUGUCAACCUUUCCAUCCUCAAGUUCCUCGGAUUCGAGCAGACCUUCAAGAAUGCCUUGACUGGACUCAACAUGGGUGGUGGCAAGGGAGGAUCUGACUUCGACCCCAAGGGCAAGUCUGACAACGAGAUCCGCCGCUUCUGCUACUCUUUCAUGCGCGAACUCUCCCGCCACAUUGGUCAGUUCACUGACGUCCCUGCUGGUGACAUUGGUGUCGGUGGUCGUGAGGUCGGUUACAUGUUCGGUGCCUACAAGGCCUACAAGAACCAGUGGGAGGGUGUCAUCACUGGUAAGGGAAUCACCUGGGGUGGAUCCCUCAUCCGCCCUGAGGCCACUGGUUACGGUCUCGUCUACUACGUCUCCCACAUGUUAUCAUACGCCUCUGGCGGAAAGGAGACCUUCGCCGGAAAGCGUGUCGCCAUCUCUGGAUCUGGAAACGUUGCCCAGUACGCUGCCCUCAAGGUCCUUGAGCUUGGCGGAAGGGUCAUCACUCUCUCCGACUCCAAGGGUGCCUUGAUUGCCACCUCUGGUGAGGGCUUCAACGAGAGCGACAUUGAGCAGAUUGCCCAGCUCAAGCUUGACCGCAAGUACCUUACCGAGCUCUACUCUGCCCAGGACUCAUUCAAGUCCCGCUUCAAGUACCUCCCCGGUGCCCGCCCCUGGUCCAACGUUGAGCAUGUCGACAUUGCCCUCCCCUCUGCGACCCAGAAUGAGGUUUCCGAGCAGGAGGCCAAGGACUUGAUCGCCGCCGGAUGCAAGUUCAUUGCUGAGGGAUCCAACAUGGGUUCCACCCAGGAGGCCAUCAAUGUCUACGAGGAGGACCGCCGCACCCGCAAGGCUGAGGGUAUCUGGUACGGACCCGCCAAGGCCGCCAACUGCGGUGGUGUCGCUGUCUCUGGUCUCGAGAUGGCCCAGAACUCCCAGCGUGUCUCAUGGACCUCUGAGCAGGUUGAUAAGGAGCUUGCUGGAAUCAUGGAGAGGUGCUUCUGGAACUGCCUUAACACUGCUAAGGAGUACUACGACAUUGCCGAGGGCGAGCUUCCUUCGCUCGUUGCUGGUGCCAACAUUGCCGGAUACGUCAAGGUUGUCACUGCCAUGAAGGCCCAGGGUGACUGGUGGUAA